UUACAGUUCAACACUCCGUCUUCGCAAUGUCCACCGACUCCACCACCACCGGCACCGAACCGCGCGAUGGCACUCCGCCAGCCGCGCCCCAGCCCGAUGCGUCGCAGCUAAGCUCUUAUCCGGCGGGCUACACAUGCCCCCCGUUGACGACGGAGGUGAUGCUCCAGCACGGCGUGGUCGCGCAGCUCCUGUCGGCGCACAUCCAGCGGCUCCGCGAGAAAGCCUUCGCCGCGUUCCCAUACCCGGGCAUCGCGCUAUACCAGUUCAUCGAGUUCUCAGGCGGACUACCCAGCUACCCUCGGCUCGACUCGCUGCUAUCACUUCUGCGCGCCGGCGGAAUCCUCCUCGACGUCGGCUGCGGCAUGGGUUCAGAGCUGCGGUACCUACGCUCGCACUCGGGCAUUCCCGGCGAGCAGCUAUUCGGCGCCGACAUCAAUCCCGCGUUCAUCGAGCUGGGCCACGAGCUGUUUAUGGACUCGCCCGAGAGCACGGGGAUCCGGCAGGGCGCCGCGGAUAUUUUCGAUACGAGGCCGGAGUCGUCGUGGAUUGUGCGGGAGCUGAAGGGGAAGUGUGCUGCCGUCCACGCUGCGAGCUUUUUACAUUUGUUCGAUUGGGCUAGGCAAGUGGAGGCCGCGCUGAGGAUGGUUGGGUUCUUGGAGCGGAAGAAGGGGAAUUUCGUGGUGGGAAGGCUGGCGGGAAGUCGUGCGGCAGGACAGUACCGCCAUGCGCUGGGGGAUGUGUGGCGCCACACACCGGAGAGCUUUGCGGAAAUGUGGAGGGAGGUGGGGACUCGCUCGGGAUUGGCGUUCGACGUCGAAUGCACCGAGCCAGAGAUACUGGUGUUUGAAGCUCCCGAAGGCGAAAAGUGGUCUCUGCCCGCGGAAGAGCAGGCGACGCAGUUCAGGUUUUGUGUUACUGUCGUUUGAGUACCUACAUACUGGCUCGGUGGCGGAUGCGCGCGAGUGCGGAAUCAUCAUGUCAUGAUUGAUCGUUUUACAUGACAGUAACCGUCAUGUCAAAUUCUUUCGGUUCAAAAAACCCGCAGUGUGAACAACUAAAAGCCGGGCCUGACCUCCAUAUGUCUAUCCACAUCCGAUAGCACUUGAAAGUCGAGAGGCCAUCUCGCGUGGCCGACCCGGCCGGAUGCGUGGAUACUCGGAUGUCGGAUGUCUGGGUUCAACUAGAGUUGCGUCCGCUUGAUUGAUGGUAGAAAGAAUGCGAUGCCGGAACAACCAAGUAGUUUUGGACCAAUCCGGGAACCGAUUUUGCACUGGAGAUGCCGACAUAGGUACGUAGUACUUGCCCCAGAUCUUGAUGUGAUCCCAUCGACUGGCGGGAAGCGUUAGCGGCG